CCUCCCGGAGGCGCGCGGAUUCGGCGUAGGAGAGGGUCGGCGGCGGUCGCGAUGGCGUCCGACGGGCGCGUGGAGCGGAUCGCGUCCACCAUCCGCGUCAUCCCCGACUUCCCCAAGCCAGGGAUUUUGUUUCAGGACAUCACGACGCUGCUUCUCGAUCCGCAGGCGUUCCGUGACACUACUGACCUAUUUGUUGAGCGCUACAAGGACAAGGGCAUCACUGUAGUUGCUGGUGUUGAAGCCAGAGGAUUCAUUUUCGGACCUCCCAUUGCAUUAGCCAUAGGUGCAAAGUUUGUUCCAAUAAGGAAGCCCAAAAAGUUGCCUGGUGAGGUGAUAUCAGAAGAAUAUUCUCUGGAAUAUGGCACCGACAAAAUCGAAAUGCACGUAGGAGCUGUGCAGCCCAAUGACCGGGUUGUUAUUGUGGACGAUCUAAUUGCAACAGGGGGAACCCUAUCUGCAGCUGCCAAACUUAUUGAGCGUGUUGGAGCAGAGGUGGUUGAGUGUGCCUGUGUUAUUGAACUGCCAGAGCUGAAGGGCCGGGACAAGUUGGGCAACAGGCCUGUUUUUGUCCUUGUGCAGGCGGAAGAAUCAGCAUGAAACAAGUUAUGCCCUUUCGAGUUGUUCCCACCAUGUUUGCCUUCUGGAAAUAGUGGAUGCAGCUAAGAUAUCCCAUGUAACUUCUAGCUAGUUCCUCUUUGGAACGGCUCAAUAAAGUUCGAUCUUUAAAUUUGUUAGCUCACAUAUUAUUUGGGAAUGCAGACUUGAUUGUUCCCUGUAAUCGAUGGCUUAUUUCUGUAACCAACAGUGCAAUUAUUCAUGUCAACCGAGAAUAGUUGUAGUCCA